AGUCCCCGCCCCCGUACAAUCUCCGCCCGUUGCUUUGGUGACGCAGUAGGCCGGCUGCUGUGCGGCUCUGCGGGGAGGUCGCUAGUAUUCAACAUGGCGGCGCGGGAGGAAGGGGAUCGCGGUGGGGCUGCGCUCCAUUAAACCGGCCGGAAUCUGUCACCGGAACGAAGACUGGGGGAUAGAAGCCGCCCUCGCGUCCUGCUUGGAGAACUUCCCUUCACGACAGCUGCGCUUUCCGUCACAUCCCUUGGUGAUCACGUAACUCCUUACCGGGCCCCUGGUUUUGUGCAGCGGGUGACAAGUCCGGCCUAUCCCCAGGGGGCAGGGCCGUUGUUCUCCUUCUCCUGUGGGUGCUGAGGAUGCCGCCUAUGCCCUGAGCCCACCUGUCACCUGUGUAGAGUAUGGGAUGUGACUGACACCUGCCAUAGUGCCCAUCACUGUGACCGGCCCCUGGGGCCCCGACUACAGGGCAGCUGUGUCAUCUGGAUGCUGGCACUGGGAGGGCAGCAGCCUGGCACAUGUUGGUUUCUCAACCCUUCUCUAUGAUGGAGUAGAUGCUGGAGAGCGGAGCAUCAUCUGGUGGUCUUCAUCAUCUGGUGGUCUUCCUAUGGGACCAGUAUGGGGGAUCGGCUGUGGACCUGGAAGGAUAGUUUACAGACUGACCCCCGAUGUGUUAUGAAUUGGUGACCAUUCUCUCCGCAGAGGCUUGGUGACUCCCAGCAGCUACUGCUGGUGUUCGGUCUGGAGUCAGGAUUUUUUUUUUUUGUAAUUUUUUUUUUGUUCUUUCCCCCCUCCCCAUUAUUAUUUGGAGUGACCCCCACUCCUCCGCCGACGCUGUCCCUGAUGCCUUCAGCCUUUGCAAUCUUCACCUGCCGUCCGAAUUCCCAUCCUUUCCAGGAACGCCAUGUCUACCUGGAUGAGCCCGUCAAGAUUGGGCGCUCGGUGGCCCGCUGUCGCCCGGCACAGAACAACGCCACCUUCGACUGCAAGGUGCUGUCCAGGAACCAUGCGCUGGUCUGGUUUGAUCACAAGACUGGCAAGUUCUAUCUUCAAGACACUAAGAGUAGUAAUGGUACCUUCAUAAACAGCCAGAGGUUGAGUCGAGGGUCAGAGGAGAGCCCGCCUUGUGAGAUCCUAUCCGGCGACAUCAUUCAGUUUGGGGUUGAUGUAACCGAAAACACCAGAAAAGUGACCCAUGGUUGUAUAGUGUCCACAGUAAAGCUGUUUUUGCCAGAUGGGUUAGAGGCAAGACGACGGUCAGAUGUCAUCCAAGCUCCAUUACCCAGUCCUGUCGACAAGGUUGCUGCUCACACUCCCAGUAUGUACUCUCAGGAAUUGUUCCAACUUUCUCAGUAUCUACAGGAGGCCUUACAUCGGGAACAGAUGUUGGAACAAAAGUUGGCCACCCUUCAGAGGCUGUUAGCCAAUACACAAGAAGCUUCAGAUACUAGUUGGCAGGCCCUAAUAGAUGAAGAUCGACUCUUAUCACGAUUAGAAGUUAUGGGGAACCAGUUGCAAGCGUAUUCAAAAAGUCAGACAGAUGAUGGAAUCCGGAAAGAGUUAAUAGCGUUACAGGAGGACAAACACAACUAUGAGACAACGGCCAAAGAGUCUCUGCGGCGAGUUCUUCAGGAGAAAAUCGAGGUAGUCCGAAAGCUGUCUGAAGUGGAGAGGAGUCUGAGUAACACUGAAGAUGAAUGUACCCAUCUGAAGGAGAUGAAUGAGAGGACCCAGGAAGAGUUACGGGAGCUCUCCAACAAGUACAAUGGGGCAGUGAAUGAGAUUAAAGAUCUGACUGACAAGCUGAAGGCAGCUGAAGGCCGGCAAGAGGAAAUUCAGCAGAAGGGCCUCGCCGAGAAGAAAGAAUUACAACACAAGAUUGAUGAAAUGGAAGAGAAGGAACAAGAAUUACAAGCGAAAAUCGAGGCCUUGCAAGCAGACAAUGAUUUCACCAAUGAGCGUCUUACUGCCUUACAAGUACGAUUAGAGAAUCUACAGGAGAAAACCCUUAAGGAGCACAGCACCAUGGGCAUACAAGUUGAUGACUUCAAACCUAAAAUCAAUGGCAAUGCAGAUAAAGACAAACUCAUAGAAGUGGAGCAUCUGACUAAAGCCGAUCAAGAAUCUCCGCAUCUGAAAGGGAGUCCUGCAGACGUGAAGGAUUCAGAUUUAUCGGACACACUCAGUCCUAGCAAGGAGAAAAGCAGCGACGACACUACAGACGGCCUAAUGGAUGAACAAGAGCUAAAUGAACCACUUAAUAAAGUUAUAUUAAAAGAUGAGUUGCAUAAUGUACAGUCUGGCUCUAAUGAUACAAAGCAGGACCUACAGCAGUUGCGUAGAGAGUUGUCAGAGGCUCAGGAUCUUGCAAAAUCUAGUAAACAGAAAUGCUUAGAACUUCAAGCACUUCUAGAAGAAGAGCGGAAAUCCAGUAGAAAACAGGCCGAAGAGUCCACCAAACAGAUUCAGCAGCUCCAAGCUCAAUUGCACAGGCUACAAGAAGAGAUUGAAAUCCUCCGUGAAGAAAAAGAAAAUGAUAUUGCUAGUACUCGGGAGGAGCUGAUGAAUGCUCAGGAAGAGAUCGCCAUCCUGAAACACGUCUCUGAACAAGUUGCUACUGAAAGAGAAGGAGACAUAGCAGAACUUCAGGGAGAGUUACAGGAGGUGCGGUUUGAGCUCGAGCAUUGGCGUAAAAUGGCCAGUCAGUACGAGACAGAAAUCGUCAACCUACAGGCCAGUUUCCAGGCCCAGUGCAAGGAUCGGGAGGACCAGCAGCUGUCUGAGGCAGCAAGGUUACAAGCUGAAAUGGAGGAACUUAGGAAGAGUGUCACCUCUCUGGAGGCAGAAUGCUCCUCUCUACAGAAAGAGAAUGCUGCUUUGACAAAAGAGUGCCGGAGGGUUGAGUGUGAGCUUCACAGCUCUCAGAAGCAGUCUAUAGACCUCUCAAGUGAUCUCGGUGUCUUGGAGAGUACCCGGAGGGAUCUUGAAAGUCAGGUGUUAUCCAUAAAAGAACAGAGUCAGCGAGAGGCAAACAACUUGAAAGUUCAACUUAAAGAGGCAGAGAAGCGCGUACUCACCGUUCAACAAGAAUAUGAAAAUACCCAAACGAAACUAUCUGAGCUGAAAGUGACAUUUGAAAAAACAGAACAAGAAAAGCAAAUGAUCGCUGAAGAGCUCAAGCAAUGUAAAGAGAACCUUAAGCUGCUGCAGGAGAAGGGGAAUAAUCCUUCCGCAUUAUUUCCCGUCCCAGCCGUAUUCUUCGGCGUAUUCGUGGCUAUCCUGUAUUGGUGUUACGGCCUGUUGUGGUAGAGAAAGAGACAGUGGCCUUGGAUGACCGGGAUAGCAGUGUUGGUCGCUGUGACCGCAGUGAUGCUGUACCCUGGCCUCAGCAGAGGCACACCAUGAGAACGCUUUUCAAGCCAUGUACCGUCCUCCAUUGCAGCUGACAUCGCUCAUGUUUGGAGAACACAAAACUGAUCCUUACUCUUCCUUUUUACCUCUCAAAAACUCACAAAAUCUCUGAAAGAGAUCCGCAGUAGGGCAAUUGCUUUAAACUGUAAUAUAUGUAUUUUGUCCAACAGGGGAAUAAACACAUGACUUUAUCCUACAGUAGGCAAAAACUCUGCUUGCGACGUUCAUGUGAUUUUUAAGUCUGGUUUGGUGGUAUUGGAAAUACUGUUAUGGCCUCAAGCAGGCUUCUUGGUACCAAAUUAUUUAUGAUGUUUUGGGUUUGUGGCUGUUUUACUGUAGAAACUUUAUGUAAAGAAUGAAAGACUAUUUUUUUUUUAUUUUUUGCCAUAAGAAACACACAUCCAGUAUAGUAUAGCGAUGAGGAGUUAAUCCAAUUUGUCUGCUUUCUGCCCCACAACACAGAGCUGUCCGGCACAUGCUCCUUUUAACCAUAAGCUUUUCUCUAUCCGUAUUCAGCAGUCACUGUGCAACAUGUCAUACUGCGGCACUCAACAUUUAUAUGUAUAUAUGGGAUCAAGAAAACACUGUAGACCACUACUAGAGAUAAUGACAUUUUACACCGUGUCCAAAAUAGGAACGUUUAAGGGGUUGUGCACAGAAAACUAAUUUAUCCCCUAUUCACAGUAUUAACAUCCCGCAAUCUCCUGCCCGGUGCGCCGGCUUUCUCAAUGAACGGGGAAGCAUAAUUUCCAAGCAUCUCUAUGGGAGAGCCGGAGAUACCAGUGUGUGUACUUGUGUAUUUCAGCCUCUCCAAUAGAGAUUAAUGGACCCCCACUCCGUUCAUGGGGAGAGCCGGAGCGCUGUGCAGGAGAUGGUGGGGGGUCCCAGCAGUCGGAUUCCCCCGCGAUCAGCUACUUAAGUUAGUUUUUGCUAUAAGUUAAGUUUUUGCUGCACAACCUUUUUAAAGUUGUACUCCCCUGCCCCAGCAUUCGGAACCUUUUGUUCCAAAUGUUUUGAGCAAGCGGUGGGGGUCAUGACGUCAUGACAAUUCCCCCUUGCAAUGUGACGCUAU